UUUUGCCAUCCCAAACGACCCAACUAUCCAACCCAUUUCGUCCUACCGUCAUUAGGCUGUCGUAUCUAAUUCUGUCGAGGUAUAUCUCGCAAUUAUUCUCGUCCGUCACUUAUCUGCGAUUGUACGGAAACUCCCGUCAAGAUGGGUAUUAAACAGCUUUUCACCAUUAUCAAGGAGAAUGCUCCGGCUGCAAUCAAAACCGGAGAAAUCAAGAACCAAUUUGGUCGCAAAGUCGCAAUUGUAUUCCGAUCAAAUGGCGAAAUGCUCACAAACGAAGACGGCCAAACAACAUCCCACCUCAUGGGCAUGUUCUACCGGACAUUACGAAUGGUCGACAAUGGCAUCAAGCCUCUCUAUGUGUUCGAUGGAGCUCCGCCAAAGCUCAAGUCCGGUGAGCUGGCUCGUCGAUACCAGAGGAAACAGGAGGCACUUGAAGGCCUUGAGGAGGCUAGGGAGACUGGUACAGCCGAGGAUGUAGAGAAGUUCUCGCGGAGGACGGUCAGGGUGACGAGGGAGCACAACGAGGAAUGCCGGCAGCUGCUGAAGCUUAUGGGCAUCCCAUACAUCAUCGCACCGACUGAGGCUGAGGCCCAGUGUGCCGUUCUCGCACGAGCUGGCAAGGUUUUUGCCGCAGCUAGUGAAGAUAUGGAUACCCUAUGUUUCGACUCCCCGAUUCUCCUUCGCCAUCUCACCUUCUCCGAGGCGCGCAAGGAACCGAUUCAAGAGAUUCAUGUCGACAAAGUUCUGGAGGGUCUUGACAUGGACAGGAAGCAGUUUGUUGAUCUCUGCAUUCUCCUUGGCUGUGAUUAUCUCGACCCCAUCCCUAAAGUUGGACCUAGCACCGCACUCAAGCUCAUUCGCGAGCAUGGCUCACUCGAGGUCAUUGUGGAGAAGAUGAAGAAGGGCGAAUUGAAAUACACGGUACCGGAGGACUGGCCAUUCGAGGACGCACGGGAUUUGUUCUUCAACCCUGCGGUUCACCCUGCCGACCACCCGGAUUGCAAUUUUAAGUGGGAGAAGCCAGACGUCGAGGGCUUGGUCAAGUAUCUGGUCACAGAGAAAGGAUUUUCCGAGGACCGCGUCAGGCCCGGUGCAUUAAGACUGGAAAAGGCUCUCGGCACGUCUCAACAACAACGCCUCGAGGGCUUCUUCAAGCCGGUCGCACGAACUGCAGAAGAGCAGAAGGCACACAAGCGCAAGCUCGAGGUGAAGGCCGAGGAGGCAAAGAAGAAGCUCAAAGCCGAAAAGAAGGAGAAGGCAAAGGCCAAAGCCAGACCCCGUGGUACAGCUUGAUCCGCGUAGUCCCACAAUCUCUUUCGAGACUCGAGUCGGACGGAAUCAGUACUGAGUGAGUUUGGGUAUGAGUUGCACUUUUGUAAUUUUUGUCAUAUUUUAUUUGGACGGUGCACAAAAGACUGGAGUUUGGCGUUGUGGAAACCAAGGAAAUGUCCACGGGUUUUGUUACCACCUCGCUAGCGCUGCGAUGGGUUUAGGUAUUUUAUGUCAGUUUACG